AUGGCCCUCCUGGCGCUGCCGCUCGAGCUGCAGCUGCACAUCCUCGCCCUGCUGCCGCUCUCGAGCCAGCUGCUCUUCACGUACCAAGUGUGCACGGUGCUGCGGCAACGCUUGCACCCGCUGCUGCUGCCGGCGCACACGCUCUCGCUGGCGACGUGGCGCAUUGCGGCUGAGGAGACCCGACAUGUGCUAGCUCGCGGCAGCGAAGAGGUGGUGUCAGAUCAGACGGUCGCCGGAGUCACCAAGCACGCCUCGAGGGUGCAUCUGGGCGCACCCACCUCGCCUGCCACAGAUGCACGCUUGCUCGUGCGAGUACUGCGUCUGCUAUCGCUGCUCGACGAACCCGAGACGGCAUCAAGCGUCGCUCCUCUGCCGUCGCCGGCGCCGGCGCAUCCGCUGCGUGCUCUUUGCCUCAUCGGCUGGCGCGGAGUCGGAGCAGAUCUCGUGCGCCGUCUGCUCUGCGAGCCCGGCCUGGCAGACGUUCGCACCGUAGUCAAGACGGAGCGCUUUGACCGACAUGCCUGGACACGCCCGCUCGCGCCGCACGAGCGCAGCGCACCCAUCAGCGUCUCCGAAGGCGGCAACAGCGCCCUGGCGCAGCACUAUCUGCCCGCCUCUGUCGUGUCUGACAGCGAGCCUGGCGGUAGCGACAAGGCCGCAGCACCGCUGGUGGUGGUCACGCAGGCCAUGCUCGUCAUCGGCAGCCGGCAGGCGCCGCACCAGCGCAUCCCGGGCAAGGGCGUGCAGGUCGGCUAUGAGGCGCUGUGCUUUGCGCCGAGCUUCGCGGACCAGAUCACAGCGGUAGAGCCCGUCGAGGAGGGCACAGCCGCCGCCAGUGCAGUCACUGCGCCAGACGCGCCACUGCACGUCAUCUUUCAGGGGCGGUACAGCGCCGCCGACGCCCUGCAGUGCGAGGCACAGCUGCGCUGCUCGCACAUCCGCUGCGGCCACUGCCGACAAGAGAUCUGGUUCGGUUAG